AAAAUUUAGGGAUGCUAUUAAUAGCGUUUGAACCUUGCAUGAUCUACAUGAUUCGUAGUUCUUUUUUUAAUCCCAAAGGACAGUGGAGGACUAGUCAAAAUCAAGCCCGAGGAAAAAUGCAAACCACAACCAAGAAACAAACAUAUCUUUUAAAAAAAAAAGAGAGAAUUAAAGAUUUGUAGAUACAUAUAAAAUGAACAUAUGUUGAGAGUAGAUUUGCACCAUUUCUGGAAAACAAAAGCUAGCCAUGACAAAAACAUUAGAUUUUCUUCUUUCAACCUAUCUUUUUCUUUCUUUUCUUGUCUUGUCUAGUGAUGCUGCUGCCGCUGCUGGUGGUGAGCAAACAAUGUCCCAUGGCCAAUGUAUGGCACAGACAUGUCCAGCCAAUGCUGACCUUAACCAGUCAUUAGUAAUUGAGAAUGCCACUCCGACUGGUAGUAACUUCACUUUUAUAUGUGAUCCUUUAAGGAAAGCUCAAAUUGGAAUUGAUAUGUCGACUUUUGCUUUCUGUGAUAAGAAGCUACCUUAUCCGGCAAGGGCAAGAGAUUUGGUGGGUCGAAUGACAUUAAGCGAAAAGGUUACCCAGUUAGGAAAUAAUGCUACGGCAUUGCCAAGACUUGGGCUAACUAGAUAUGAUUGGUGGUCUGAGGCACUUCAUGGUAUGUCUAAUGUUGGCCCAGGAACAUUUUUUGACAAUCUUGUUCCUAUUGCAACUAGCUUUCCCACUGUUAUUCUCACAACAGCUUCAUUUAAUGAAGUACUAUGGAAAUCAAUUGGGGAGGCUGUUUCUACAGAAGCACGAGCUGCUUACAAUCUAGCACGAGGUGGAUUGACGUAUUGGAGUCCAACCAUUAAUGUAGUAAGAGAUCCUAGAUGGGGAAGAAUCACUGAGACACCAGGGGAAGAUCCUUUAGUUGUUGGCACAUAUGCUGCUAAUUAUGUGAGAGGUCUACAAGAUAUUCCAGGAACUGAAAAAACUGCUGAUUUGAAUUCUAGGCCACUUAAAGUUUCUGCUUGUUGCAAACAUUAUACUGCCUAUGAUGUUGAUAAUUGGCAAGGAGUUCAACGCUAUUCUUUUGAUGCUAAGGUAACUGAGCAAGAUAUGGUUGAGACAUUCAAUAGGCCCUUUGAAAUGUGUGUUAAAGAUGGAGAUGCUAGCAGUCUCAUGUGCUCUUACAACCGAGUUAAUGGAAUUCCUACUUGUGCUGAUCCAAAACUCUUGAAUGAAACAGUUAGAGGAGAAUGGAAUCUCCAUGGAUAUAUAGUUGCUGACUGUGAUUCAGUUGAAGUGAUUGUGGAUGCCCACAAAUGGAUGAAUGUAACAAAUGAAGAAGCUGUUGGACUAUCACUAAGAGCUGGAUUGGAUUUGGAUUGUGGAGUUUAUUACACAAAAUAUGGUGAAAAUGCAACAAAGAUAGGUAAAGUUGAAGAGGCAGACAUCGACAAGUCAUUGGUAAACCUCUAUGUUGUACUUAUGAGGUUGGGUUAUUUUGAUGGUAAUCCUACAUUCAAUAAUCUUGGCAAGCAAGACAUGUGCACUGCUCAACACAUUGAAUUGGCAACCGAGGCUGCACGCCAAGGCAUUGUUCUCCUAAAAAAUGAUAAUGACACAUUGCCUUUAAGCACUUCCAACUUGAGAACUCUAGCAGUGGUUGGACCUCAUGGAAAUGCUAGUGAAGCUAUGAUUGGAAAUUAUGCGUUUGAUAACUGGAAGCCUGGAAGACCUUGUCAGUAUACCACUCCUCUUAAUGGCCUUUCGACAUAUGCAAAAGUGAACUAUGCACCAGGAUGUGUUGAUGUCCAAUGCAAGGAUGCAAACUCGAUACCUCAAGCCGUCCAAGCUGUAAAUGGAGCUGAUGCUACUAUUCUGAUAGCGGGUUUAGAUUUAUCAAUUGAAGCUGAAGGAUUGGAUAGAAAUGAUCUUUUACUUCCUGGAAACCAAGUUCAACUCAUUAACCAAGUUGUUGAUGCUUCUAAAGGUCCAGUUAUUCUAGUAAUGAUGUGUGCAGGAGGAGUUGAUAUUAAUUUUGCUAAGAAUAACACCAAAAUCAAAGCCAUCUUAUGGGUUGGAUACCCUGGAGAAGAAGGUGGUCGUGCCAUAGCAGAUGUUGUUUUUGGCAAAUAUAAUCCUGGAGGAAGACUACCCAUCACAUGGUAUCAAGCUGAUUAUAUUAAUAAUUUCCCCAUGACCUCCAUGCAAUUGAGGCCAGUCGAUAGCCAAGGUUAUCCAGGUAGAACAUACAGGUUCUUUACUGGACCCACUGUUUUCCCAUUUGGUCAUGGCCUUAGCUAUACAAAAUUCGCUUAUCAAUUGACACCACCACCACCCCAAAAAAGUGCAAUCACCAUAAAACUCAACAAUCAACAACAUUGCCGUGACUUGGAAUACAAAAAUGCCACUGCCAAACCCCAAUGUGCUGCAAUGUUGAUUAAUGAAUUGCAAUGCAAGGAGCAAAUUCAAUUUGAUGUUGAAGUUCAAAACGUGGGAAGCAAAGAUGGGGAUGAAGUCAUCUUGGUUUACUCUUCACCGCCCGCAGAUAUUGCUGGAACUCAUAUAAAGCAAGUAAUUGGUUUUAAGAGGAUUUCUGUACCUGCUGGAAAAAGCCAGAAGGUUCCAUUUAGUUUCAAUGCUUGCACAAGCUUAAUGAUUGUAGAUGUUGGUGGUUCUCGUCUCUUGGCAUCUGGUGUACAUACAAUCACAAUUGGAGAUGGUUUAGCUUCGUUUCUCAUUCAAGUUAAUUACAAUUGAUGGGUGAAAUCAGUUCUAUAAUUGUAGGAAUUCUUAAUUACUUUGGAAAAAAAAAUUGAAAUUAUUCAUGAGUAGGGUUUAGUAUGUACUAGCUUUUAUUUUAACU